CUAGAGCACAGCGCGACUAAAAAAAUGGGAAUAUGCAAAUCAACCUUAUAUCCUGGUCAGUAUGGCAGCCCAUCACAAGAGGCAAGAUGGCUGUGGCGAUCAUGAAAAGACCAAAUUCCCACGCGGGGAUCCCGUCCAAACUUCCUGACAUACCACAUCCCCUGGCAAGACUCGGGGACCCCAGCUCUUUCUCUGUGGAUGGAAUCUCCACUCGGGCUGGGAGGAAUGUGAAGUCUGCCUCCUGGGACCAUCCUCAGAGAAGCUGUCGUGGGGAAGCUGACAAAUCGUCACCCAGAGAAGGACGGUUUCACCCCUCAUUGGAAGAAACAGUGAAAAGGCAUAAAUUUAACAAACUGGACACCUGGAAAAAGGUGGACUAUUGGAUAAACUUGGGCGACAGAAAAAUGCCGGAUCACGCAUAUAUGUCUGAAGAUGAAAGACAAACCUCUUUUCGGCCUGGAACCCAGAUUCAGCUUCGGACUGAUGAGCUUGAACUCCUUCUUUGUGAGAAGAUUAAAUCGGGUAACUUUUAUUCUUUGAAAAGACUGUUCCUUUCCAAUGAUCCAACAGGCAGAGGAAAUGUAUCCAGGGAUGCUCUUCUCAUCAUCGUCACAAAAUAUUUGGGAAGAUUUAUCAGUGGAAAAGAAUUUUCCUCUCUUUUAUCCAGAUUAAACUUGACAGACAAAAUCACCAUCUCUGUUGAAACGUUUUGUCGCAGUUUGGGAAAGUGGGACAAUGACAGCAAAGCAGAUUGGAAGGAUCCUAUUAAAAGAAAACAAGACGAUACAAAGAAAACUGCAACUCAGGCUCAUUUGGCCCUAAAGAAAUUAUUGAGAGAAAGGCCCUUAGAAAUUCGCAGUCUAUUUGAUCAGAAGGAGGAGGCUCUAUUGCACCCAUCAGACAUGAGGAGAGUUCUGUGUCAGCUGGGAAUAGUAACAAACAAUAAGGAGUUUGAGAGACUCUGGAAAAGGUAUGACAGAGAAGGAAAGCUUGCUGUUAAUGUCGAGAACCUGAUGAGGAUAUUAGGGUUUGAAGCUCCAAGCCCUGCCGAGGAACGAAGGCAAAGUCUUCUGGCAGUCCUUAACAGAGUAUCCACCACACCUCUGCCCCAGGGCAAGCCAAAGGCUUCAGAAAAAAGAUCUUCAAAGUCCCUGCAGGAGAGGAAUCUUUCACUGAAUGUGGAGAAGUGGCUUAAGGAAAAACUCACUGAGGGAUUCAAGGACAUGAUGGUGGAGUUUCAGCGCUUUGAUCUGAAGACCUCAGGCAAAGUGUCCAGAGAAGACUUUUUACAGGUUUUGAGAAGGUUCCAACUCCCACUGAAAAAGGAGCAGCUCAGUCUCUUCCUAGCACGCUGUGGGCUGGAUGAUAUGUCCCCUGAUGUUGACUACAGAGCCUUUCUGCUGCGCUACCAGGAUAGAAGCGAGAAAGGAAUGAUGCACAGGGUCCUUGUGCAUCCCAGUCACAGGUUUAACCAAGCAAGGAGUCUCGGUGAUCAUUCCACACUCUCUGCUUUGGAGGCAAAGCUCUUAAACAUUCUACAGACAGAUUUUGUUUCUCUGCUAAGUGAAUUUCAAAAAAUGGACACAGAAAAGCUGGAUACUGUGAGUCAGCAGCAGUUUAGAGCAGCCAUUGAGACAAGAUUUUCAAUGAAAAUGACAGAUGAAGAAUUUGAAUACCUGCUGGAGAAAGUUCCUCUUGACAAGCAUGGAAACAUAAGAUAUUCAGAAUUUCUGAGUAAAUUUGGUACAAGAAAUAUGGAGAUUUUCUUAGAUGAUGCUAGAACUGUUGUAACCAAUAUCAGCAGGAAGCCGAAGACUGAUCUGCUUCGGAAAAGCUGGAGAGAGAAAACCACAGACCAGCUAACAAAGAUUAUUAAGGACCUUGUGAAAAAUAAUGUCGAGGAAGUUGAAAGAGUCUUCAACAACCUGGAUGAAAUGAACACCAGAAGACUCUCUCGAGAAACUCUGUAUCAGCUGUUGAAAAGUUUUAACAUACAACCCCACAUCUCCAGAGAAGAGGUCAGGAAGCUCUGGGAGACUUUAAUCAUGAAUCAAGAUGGCACCCUUGAUUUCCACCACUUUGUCCGCCACUUUGUUUUUUCUCUGUCCUCUGCAUGCUAUCCGAGUUCCAAAAGAGCCCCCCCAGUUAAAGGGGACAGUGACUUCCUGUUAAGAUCCCGAAAACUCAACUCAGAUACUGAAAUAACAAUGAGCCACCUUUGUGCAAAGGUUCAGAUCCAGCUCGAUGACCUUCAGAAGCAGUUUCAAGAACUUGACCCAGUGGCCUCUGGAGCUGUGACUAAAGAGGAGUUUCAGGACGUGCUGACAGACUUCUGUCCGGAGUUAACAGACUCACAACAUGAGGCGAUUGCAAGGAAAUUCAGCUGUGGGGACAACAGAAUUUCAUAUGCAGAUUUCUUACACCCAUUUGAAGAACAAAAAAGGACAUUGAGAACUGAUCAAUCCAAAGCUUUAACACAAAGGUCCGAAGGAAAUCCCGCCAUGUACAACGAGAUCACCCUGAAGGGCCUGAGUGGCAUCACCCAACAACUGCGUCAAAAGCUGGGUGGAGACUGGAAGUCCCUUCAACAAGCUUGUAAGAAGCUGGACUGGAACAGCUCAGGAUAUCUUUCACUGUCGGAAUUUCGAUCUGUCCUGAAGUUUUGCAACACUGUCCUUGAUGAAGAGGAAUUUUAUCGUCUCAUGUCUGUUUUUGAUAAAAAUAUUACUGGGAAAAUUAACUACGCAAAGUUCAUUGACUAUGCCACAAAGAAUAAUUGUGCACCUCACGAAACAAACCAGAGGAGAAAAAUACAUUCCAUAUCCUAAGCCGUUAGUGCUGUGUACACUUGAAUUAAUCUUUUAAUGUUUCAGAACUGGGUGUAACAGUGCUUUUAGUCCUGUAUGUAUGCAUCACUAAAGUCAUAAAAAGUAAAAUGUUAUUUUACUUUUUCUGAUU